AUGGGAACCUUCCUAGACUUGGCCCUGCACUUAAAAGAGCCAAUCCUGUGCUCUGGUCGUGGACUGGUGAUUCAGACAUUGAGCUCUGACCAGGAGAGACCAUCCCUGAGGAUGGCUGCAUGUGGGGACAGCGAUUCGAGAGGCCAGGGCCAUGGCUUCGAAACGACACCCUUCCCUCCAGAUCCCAGGGCUUCCCCAAGGGACCCAGCGAUUGACCUGUAUCCGGCAGGCCCGUCCCACGCCUGGGGCUACUCUGUGUCAGCCGGGUACCCCGACUUCAGGCUGCUGCUUAAUGACAUUGCUUUCCAGGCUCUGACCCAGGAGAAUGUUGGAAGGCUGCACCCUGACUGUGACGUCCCCCCCGGGGGAGAGGGCGAUCUCAUCUCCCUCCCCUUCCCCAGGAAGCUGUGGAGACUUGUCAACAGUAGUCAGUUUUCAUCGAUUUGGUGGGAUGACGACGGGACUUGUAUAGGGAUCAAUGAAAGCCUGUUCCAAAAGGAGAUUCUGGAUAGGACCAGUCCCAACAAAGUGUUUGAGUCGGGGCGAAUGAAGAGCUUUUUCCGCCAGCUGCAACUCUAUGGUUUCAGCAGGAAGCACCCACGCCACCCCUCCCUCAGCUUCACCAACUCAUCCACUGCAAAAAGACCAGACAAGAUACAGUUCUUCCACAAUCCCUACUUCCAAAGAGACUCCCCUCACCUCCUGGUGAGGCUGAAGAGAAGAGUGGCCCAGAAGUCAACAUCAAAACCCGUGGGGAGCAAGCCAGAAGUUGCGGAAUCCCAUCUGGCAUCUGUGGCCAUGGAGCAACAAGAUGAUUGCACGUCUCCAAAUGAGGAUAGCCAGGAGAUACCGAAGAACCAGGUACAUCAUGGUCGCGCCGCCCAACUCAGGAGUGCUUCUGCUCCACCAGUAGUUCCCAUGACGGCACCGGGGCCCACCGUGAUGAACGGGGAAGCUCCAGUAAUCCAGCCAUCCGGCGGGCAGCCAGAGUGCAGCCAGGCUCACGGGACUCUGCGGGCAGACGUCCGUGCGCCUGAAGACCACCUCUUUGUCUGUUUCACCCUGCCCCCUACCCAGAUUCCCUCCAACGAGCCUAUGGCGGACCAUCCUGCCAUGCCCCCUGGGGUUCUACCCUUCUGCCACCCCUGGAUGCCAGUGUCCGUUAUGGCUGCUGGGCCUGCUGGCCUCUUCGCCAUGAUCCCUCAUGCCCCCCCUCUGUUCCAUCGCUGUCCCAAUUGUCACUGGGUAUCAGAAUUCACACCAGCUACUGCUGGGCCCCAGGCGUCCCCAGACUGUUCAGCCCACAGCACUUAA